CUUCCCGGUUCUCCCCCGACCCUUCACGGCUCCUCUUCCCGCCGCCCCUCUUCCCUCGCCACCUACCGCUGCUUUUCCUCCCACUUUCGCCCCGCCCCUUCUUCCCCCUUCCCCCGCCCUUCCCGCGCCCCGUCGCGCGAGCGCUCCCUGCGAGUGGCGCAGGCACCAGAGCGCAGGGGCUAGACGGCCGGCGCGGGAGGAGGAUGGCGCUGGCGGUGCUGCGCUUGGCGCUGCUGCUCCUGGCAGUUACCUUCGCAGCCUCUCUGAUCCCUCAAUUUGGUCUGUUUUCAAAAUAUAGAACGCCAAACUGCGCUCAGUAUAGAUUACCAGGAUGUCCCAGAAACUUUAACCCUGUGUGUGGCAGUGACAUGUCCACUUAUGCCAAUGAAUGUACUCUGUGCAUGAAAAUCAGGGAAGAUGGUCAUAAUAUUAAAAUCAUCCGAAAUGGACCCUGCUGAUGGAGCAGUUUACAGAAAAGGAGAUGGAGAGACCACCUUCACUGGCAGACUAGAUAAAUUGCAUUUCCCCUUUUUCUCUUUUCCUAUGUUUCUUUACAUGAGAUUUGUUAACACACAUUUUCUGAGAGCAGGUAUGGAAGACAGCCAUGUGUAGUGAUGGAUAAUUUAAAGAAAAAAGAAUCCUUGUUUCUUGGCUUUUGCUCCUGGAGUUAAGCUUACUGCCCAGGUGACUUGUGCAUUGCUUUAUUUAGUUGAAAUAAAAUCAGCAUUGAAUUCA